UCGCGUUUCCCGGCCUCACAGCUGCUUCGUCCCCCCUCCUCCCCGCUACAGCUCGGAACGGAACCGAGAAUCCCACCCGCCCCCCCACGGCUUCCACAGGCAACGAGAGCUCCGUGUAUGGUUGUGACUGACGCUCCAGCAAGGAUGUCCCGGACCGACGAAGUGCACCGCAUUACGGAGAAUGUCUACAAGAACAUCAUGGAGCAGUUCAACCCGUGCCUACGCAACUUCAUAGCCAUGGCGAAGAGCUACGAGAAGGCGCUGACCAGUGUCACAUUUGCUGCAAAGGGCUACUUCGACGCUCUGGUGCGGAUGGGCGAGAUGGCCAGCGAAAGUCAAGGCUCUAAGGAUCUUGGGGAUGUGCUCUUUCAGAUGGCUGAAGUGCACAGACAGAUCCAGAUCCAGCUUGAGGAGAUGCUGAAGUCCUUCCACAACGAGCUCCUCACAGAGCUGGAGAAGAAGGUGGAGCUGGACGCGCGCUACCUGAACGCGGCGCUGAAGAAGUACCAGAUGGAGCACAAGAGCAAAGGGGAGAGUCUGGAGAAAUGCCAGGCGGAGCUGAAGAAGCUGCGCAGGAAGAGCCAGGGCAGCAAGCACCCCUCCAAGUAUGGAGAUAAGGAGAUGCAGUAUGUGGAGGCCAUCAGCAACAAGCAGAGCGAGCUGGACAACUACAUCGCCGAGGGCUACAAGAACGCUCUGUCUGAGGAGCGAAGGAGGUACUGCUUCCUGGUGGACCGUCAGUGCGCCGUGGCCAAGAACAGCAGUGCCUACCACAACAAGGGUAAGGAGCUUUUGUCCCAGAAGAUCCCCAUGUGGCAGCAGGUGUGCGCCGAACCGACCAAGCUGCCGGAUCGGGCCAUGUUCCUGGCGCAGCAGAUGAGUGGCGCGGUGGGCGGCGUGCCUCCCGGCGCCCUCCACCCCGGCAUCUCCGAGCCCAUCUCUGGCGCCAAACCUCUGCCCAUGCCUCCAGAGCUGGCAGCCCUGCGGGCCGGCGCCACCAUGGGCCAGCAGCGGCUGAUGGACGCAGCGAUGCCGGCGAUGAACGGAGCAGCAGGUGGAGAGGACUACCAGCAGUGGAUGGAGAGCAAGGUGGCGCAGGGCAAAGCCUCCCCGCAGCCUCAGCGGCACGGAGCAGAGGUCUACUCCAACACCCUGCCUGUGCGCAAGGCCGCCCCCACAAAGAGCAAGACCCCCCAAUUGGAGACUCGCACGCUGCCCCGCUCCAGCUCCAUGGCCGCAGGUCUGGAAAAGAACGGCAGAACUCGAGUCCAGGCCGUCUUCUCCCACGCCGCCGGAGACAACAGCACGCUGCUGAGCUUCGCCGAGGGCGACGUCAUCACCCUGCUGGUGCCUGAGGCGCGAGACGGCUGGCACUACGGCGAGAACGAGAAGACGAGGAUGCGGGGCUGGUUUCCUUUCUCCUACACUCGGCUGGUCUCUGAGAGCAACGGCGACACCAUGAGGCAGCUUCGAGUUCACAACCUCCACCACGGGAAAAGCAGCAGCACAGGGAACCUUCUGGAGAGAGAGGACAUGCCUCUGCCCGGCCCCGAUUACGGCACUCGCACUCGAAUGUCUGCACAAAGCACAGCCACGUUGCACAGGCAACAGCGUCCCUACAGCGUCGCAGUGCCAGGCUUCCCGCAGCAGGGAGCUGAAGAGUACGAGCCCCGCUUCCCCACCAGUUCCUCAGAGGUCAAAUUGAUUUCCACAGUGUGAGACGAUGUGAUAGGACAGGCUCCUUCCUCUUCCCCCUCACCCUCUUUUCCUGCCUCCUGCUUGCGGCAAUAAACUCCUCUCGAGUCCGAGGAAGAGACGCGGGUGUGUCCGUCACCCUCCUUUCUUCUCUUCCUCCGUCGCCAUCGUCCGAGUCGUCUGUCUGACCUCACGACCAAACCAGAACAGACUUUGUGCCGUAAAUAUUUCCAAUCCACGUGUCGGACGUUCCCUCUGAGAAAAAUGGGCCUUUUUUCUCGCCUUUCAUGCAUGAACAUGUACUUUUGUAUAACUGAGGGGAUGAAACUUCCCUGCCCUAUUUCCACUAAUGUCAGUGCUCUCCAUCGGAAUGACGGCGUGAAGGAAAUGUAAAAGAAGGCGGUUGAUCCCAAAGAGGAUUUUCAUACUGUAAAAACAUAAUAGUUUUUAAUUUUACUGGAUUUUUCAGUAUUGAAUUAUUUCUGCCUUUUCAUGCUGUGAAGUUUUGUAUUCCUCUGACACGAGAGGUCAUGUAAAUGUUUUAACCAAGAAAACUGAAUGUUUACUGUACAUACAAAAAGUGCUUGUCACGCAAUAUCUUAUUAUCUGUUCAUGGAAGAAAAAAAAGAAAAGAAAAACGCACUUUAUGAAACUAAUAAUCUCUGUUUGUGACUUUGUGUAUGAAAACAAAAUGGAACCGUCUCGGUAUCAGUCUGUGAACUUGGACAUUGUGCUCCAACACUGGUGCUUCUGUCCAUGCUUUAGAGUCCUGCUGAGCCAUUUCUCUGCUUUAUCAUCAAGUAAUCUGAACAAGCAGCGACGAUGACAUUUAAAAAUGGUUUUCUUUUUAUUUUACUUUUGCAUUUUCUGAAGUCAAAAAAACAAACAAAAGAAGUGGGCGAUAAUUCCCAUUCACAAGCCGAUGCGUAAUUUAGAUUAAAUGAACAUACAUUGUCACGCUACCACUUUAAAUGACUUUCUUUGUAUCACCUGCAAAGAUGCAGGUGAGGCGAUUUAGUUCCCAUCAUUCCUCCUUCAUUAACCAACAAACAUGACUUUUAAAUCGCAACAUGCUGCUGUCAUUCCAGCACAUCUAUAGCUUUCCAUAUCAUUGGCCACUAGUUGGGAAACUGGUUGGGCAUCAAACUAAUUUCGAGAGCAUUGACAUUCUCAAAGAGCCUGUUGUGCCAGAAUGUAUUAAUAAAACUCAUUAACAAACUGUUAAAAUAGUAAUAAAUGGCUGUGACUGCAUACCUCCUAAUAUUAAAUGACACCUUUUCAUUGAAAGGUACCUCCAGAAUUUUAUUUAGUUUUCUUCUUUUUUUUUGGCAAUCUAAAUCUGUUUUGUGGAGCUAACUUAGAAAUGAUUGCAAGCAUUUUUCCAAUAUCAUCACUGAUUCACCAAGUGUAGUAAAAACAUGGAAUACUGCCACCUACAGGUGGGAAUUGGCAUCACUUUAAGCCAAUGAUUUCUACCCCCCCCCCCUUUUUUUUUCAGAAGAUUUGUAAUAAACUCUCAAUUAUGGAUUAGCAUCAAAAAUGAAAAAAUGCUGGGAUCCGUUGACUUUGUGUGAAUUUCCACAAUCACAAAAAACUGGUGGGACUGAUUGAUGUAAUUUGGCAGCAUACAGAUAAAAACGGCUUUGAUUGAGUGAUAAAAUAAUUUUUAAGCAUACGACGGUUAUCUUCAAGGUUCUGUUCAUGCGUCACUCUGGAGGACCGCAUGAAACACUGUGGCUCACACAUGUUGUAGAAAAUCAUUCCGCCUAUAGACUCCGAUCUACUGUCCUAAUCAUCUGGUGGUCCAUAUAAUACAGUUUUUAAAUCACUUUAAAAAUCCUCUUGAAUUAUUCAUUGAUUCUUUAGAUGCUUUUCAUUGUGGAGAAACAGUUUUAAUAUGUUUUCUUUGUAUUUUAUGUGAUUAACCAACACAAGAUAGGACAUCACUAAAUGAAUGAAGUGGCAGAAAACUGAAAAUUUAAUUAAAUUUAGAAAUAUAAUUUUUUUCCACAAUAAUUCUUUACUAUGUCUUGGUCUGCCACUUAAAAUCUCAAUUAAAUAAAUUGAAAUGUGUGUUUAAUGUGACAUAAUGUGAAAAGUUCAAGAUGUAUGAACACUUUUGAACUCUGUCACAAUGGAUGAGCAGAAAUUAUUCAUAAGACUUUUAAUUUCAUAGAAAACAUCAGACAACAACUCUAGACGUGCAGAGAUUUUACAGCUUAUGAUGAAGAAAUGUACAAAACUCAACAUUUUUGUUUUUGCAUAUUUAUACAUGGUGCCUAUACUGUGGAUUAUAUAGUUUAAUGGAAACUUUUAAAUGUAAUAUUGUUGAAGAAAUAUGCAGGUGACAUUUGGAUUCUAAUGGAUCCACAGAAAGAUCAAAUCAGUGCACACAACGACUGAAAACUGAGUGACGGCUGAUUGGGAAGCUGUCACUCAAUCAAACAUAAUUUUCACAUUAUGUUUGAUUUCCUGUGUUUAUCCGUCAUGUUCGGCUUUCACUCUAAAUCCUCCGUGAGUCAAAAAGCGUCACAUUUUAAGACGAGUGGCGUCUGCUCUGCCAGGUUUUGUUAGUCCCCGUCUCACCGGCUGUCCCUUCUGGUGUCGGUCAUCAGGAAACUGCUGACUUCUGAAAUUUAUUAAAGUUUUAACAUCUGUAUAGAGAUGAAGAUUGCGAAAUUAAAAGAUUACUGCUCUGAAAAAAAAUUACAUCACUUGAGAUGAUGAAAUGUUUUUCAAGCAAGUGAAACAUUAAUUUGGAUCUGCAUCAGAUCUUGGUUCAGAUUUUUUUUUAAAACUUAUUUUAUUAUCUUUUUGCACCGUGCAGUAGAAGCUUUGUCCCAAAUGUCCUCCCUCAACUUUGCCAACCUGCUUUCUGCCGUUUCUUGAUCUGUUUUGAUGCGUUUAGACAAAGACGAGAGUAGAUGACAGGAAGCUGCCAGUUUUUCUUCUUUCUCCACUAAAAUAAUCAAAGCUACGACUGCAGAUUGCACUGCACUGGCGUGUGUGCACCGACUGAAGAGUCCAGGUGCGAAAGGAUGAAAACAUUUUGUACAGAGGAUUUCUGAAAUAUGCAUGCGUUGAGGCAGCAAGAAGUAUAAAGAUUGAUGACCUCAAAUGUUUGAAUUUCUACUAUACAAAAAUUAUCAAAUAAAUUUCUUCAUAUGGACAUUCCUCUUGCUUCUGGUUCUUUUUUUUUUCUUCCCAAAAAACAACUUGCUACCAUAACAGCUGGCUCAGAGGUUUAGUUUCUACCCCGCAGAACUUUAUUUUUUCAGCCUUCUGCCUCACUUCAGUAAUAAAUUAAUUUACUGGUGUUCAUCCUCAAACCAUUAACCAGUGACUAGAGACCAGCCGUGCCCCCCUGCAGCCGUGUUGCAUGUUCGGCGUGUGUGUGUGCUAACAUUUGCAUCCCGCGCACCCUGGCCUGCCAGCCACCCACCGGCCUGCUCCUCCUGCUGCUCGCUAAGGUACCGCUCAGCUGUGUGUCGGUGUUGGUGUGUGGGUUUGUCUUAAUCAUUGGAUGAUGUUUUAUCAGUUGGUGAAAAUUCCUAGAAUACUACUAUCAGUGGGUAAGCUUAGUUUUCCCACAAGUUGCCACCAGAAUCAGUCAAAUCUCUGAAUCACAGAGGAUAUUUAAGAAUUCAUUUUCUAAAUCUAUAUAAGUAAAACACAAGGUGGGCCAUAAGUUUCCAUACAUAGGAAAAAUAAACAUUUUAUAUUGGACGACUGUUUUUAUUUAUGUGAGACUCUGUGUAAUCAAUGCACGUCUUGGACCACUUUGUGGUUGAUCUGCAACAUUUCAAGUUUUCUCAAACUUGGAAAUAAGUUUUGCCACAGUGUGUGGGUGUUUGUGUGUGUGUUUGUGUGUGUGUGUGAGAUGCUCGUUCCGUGUUUUCUGUUAAAGUUUCGUGCAACCAUCAGUAUGAUUUCAAUUCGUUGCUCUUUUGUCAAGCGCAUCUUACUGGGUAUCUGAAAAACAAAAGAAAUAUGCACUUUACAUUCUCCUCUGUAUGGAAACUUGUGGCCCUCCAUGUAUAAUAUUGUAGACUUGAUAUUAACUGGUAAAGGUACUUUGAUCAAACCAGCACAGCAGUGCAUGAAACCAACAUCUCAUAAAACAUGUAGAACAUAUAAACUUGAUUUUAGCUUUUUUUCCCCUCAUUUCACACAUUGAGUUGUGCCUUCAACAUCUUCAGCUAUCUAUAUUGAAAUUUUAAUUAUUUACUGUAAAGCCACAGCUGCACAUGCUCACUAAUGUCUUAGGCUUACAUAAACAAUUCACCAAGC